GUUUUUUGACUUGAGAUCAUGAUGGAAUAAAGCAAAAUGGCACUGGGCUAAAUGAAAAUGAUAGAAAAUCUCGAUGAGGGAAACCAUGAAGGAUUUACACAAGUAAAAAGAAGCAACACAACUACAAUCUCAAAAACCAUGCCUAAUGAAGCUACAAAAGAGGUACAACAAUACUACCAGGUGGGCUAUACAUCAAUCAAUACGAAAAACAUGGUCAUCGCCACUCUCAUCGUCUAUCUGGAUAAAAUUAUUUCCCGAUCAGCGGAGCAAAUUUCGUUCUAUAUAAACUCCUUGAAGUGAUAGUGUACUGGGAUCUUGAUGAACAUUGUCCACAAACAAAAAAAUCAACUUUUCCUCCUAGAAUAUGUGAUCGAGAAAUGUAGUUGCCUUCUAUCCAUGCUUCCUUCAGUUGGCAUUAGUGUCCGGUCCAUCUCACAUUCUGAGUGUUCUGGAAUUAUGCCAAAACGGGUUUGGUUCACCAAACCAUUGUAUGAUCGCCAUUCUGCUUUGCAUAUAGCUGCUGCCAAUGGCCAGAUCGAGGUCCUUAAUAUGAUGUUAAACAUAUCUGUCAACCCGGAUGUGUUGAAUCGCUACAAGCAGGUCCCGUGUUUCCUGCUUUCUUCUUCUUCUUCCUUGUUUGGUUGGAUAUUUUGUGCAUUUUCUUUAUAUUUCUCCCUAAUGACAGCUGAUGGCCUGAAAAACAUAUAAGUUAUAAACAAAGCAGAAUUGGGGAACCUAGCAAUAAAAAUUAUGGCUUAUGUAACCAAAAUUAUGCACUGUUUAUUGAUCUGGAAACAUGUUUCACAAAUCAUCAUGCAAUUUUCAUACUAUUUCAUACUCGUUUUUUUAACCUUCUUUUCUCAACUUAUUCCACAACUAAAUCAAAUGCAAUUAGAAAUGUUUCUAUAAAUUCAAUUGGAGAAGAUUUUACCACUACAUCAUCUCAUAAUAUCAUUUACU